GAGACAGGCAGGGUAGAGUGCAGACGGUAAACUCGUAGCAGUAAAGCAGAGCAUCUGGAAUUUUCACAUCUGGACAUUCUCAGGAAAUAUGACUCUUCAGCCAACAAGCAUCCCUGGCUUCAACACCACUGCACUAGAUAAAGAACACAAUGACACCAGCAAGUUUUACUGUCCAGAAACAGAGGCCUGGGAAUCGUUCUACACCAGUCAGCCUGUGUAUAUCCUGAUCAUCAGUGUGCUGGGAAUUAUAUUGAACCUCUUUGUCCUGAUAGUUUUCUGCCUCCAUAAGAAGCCCUGUACAGUAGCUGAGAUCUAUCUGAGCAAUCUGGCUGCAGCUGAUCUUAUCCUGGUGUCCUGUUUGCCUUUCUGGGCAGUCAACAUCUCCAAUAACUUUGACUGGCCGUUUGGACUAUUCAUGUGCAAAAUUGUCAACGUGGGCAUUAAAUUAAACGUCUACUCCAGCAUCUAUUUCCUUGUUUUAGUUGGCAUAGAUCGAUACCUAGCACUGGUGCAUGCUUUAUCGCAUGGAAGAAUGCGCAGACCAAAGUAUGCCAAACUAGGCUGUCUGCUGACGUGGGGGGUUGGCUUGCUGCUGAGCAUACCCACGUUCAUAUUUAGAGAAGUGAAACAUUUCUCUGAGUAUGGUGUUCAUGCAUGCAUUCUGGAAUAUCCAAGCAAAACUGCUGAGCUGAUUUUUGAUGGGAUGUUGCUGGUUUUUAACUUCAUCAUUCCUUUUUCAAUCAUCUCUUUUUGUACAGUGAAGAUCAUUCAAGCUUUAAAAAGCCAAGGAUUAGAGAGGUUCAAUGCUGAGAAAACGGAGCAGAAGGCCACAGUCUUGAUACUGGCGGUCCUCCUGGCCUUCCUCAUAUGUUGGGUGCCAUUCCACCUCGUCACCAUUUUGGAUAUGCUGUUACGAGCUGAGGUCCUCAUAGGGUGUCACCUCUCAUCUGCAUUAGAUAUCUGCAACCAGCUCUUCACCUACUUGGGAUUUUUCAACAGCGUGCUCAACCCAAUCCUGUAUGUUAUUGUUGGAAAGAACUUCAGAAGAAAAGUCCAAGAAUUCAUGAAGCAGUGGAAUAUUAAGAGAACGAUGACCUCUGAGUCCACACGCUCAAACUUGUCUUCUACUCUCAAAACAUUGGUGUAA